AAAAUGAAACGCGAACCAGCUUGGCCACUUGAACCGCCAGUGAAGUCUCCCAGGGACCCAAUCAGUGAAGUCCCUGCAGUCAAAGAAGGUGGCUGGCCCUGUUUUACAAGGCGCAGCUCUCGCCUCCACCCUCAGCCAAAAGUAAAGAAAGUCAUUCGCUGAGGAAAUUCACACUACAUUUGCAAAGGAUUCAACUUUUAGUCAACAACUUCCGACCUCUCAUUGCUGCAGUGAAUAAUUGUCAUUCAAUGGAAUUUCAUAAGGAAGAUAGUCAGGAGGAGGACGCACAAGAAUGUCCAGUGUGCUAUGAGAGUCUCUUGGGCACAGAGAGGACUCUGAGCUGCGGACAUGUGUUCUGUCACGACUGUCUGGUCAAAACUCUGGUCAGCAUCAAUAACGAUGGAAAUAUCAGAGACACUAUUGUUUGCCCUAUCUGCCGACAUCUUACAUUCAUCAAGAAACAAAAGGAAGCGCUUGUGUCCCUUACGAUGGACAAGGAUCCAGGUGGAGGGCAGACCCUGGAGGUGCCUCUGCCUCCACCACUGAGACAGAUCCAGUACGCACCGCGCGCCUCCAGUUUUCCGACCGAACUUAAUUUGAUUUCUCGCUGCUUCAGGGAAAUGUCUGAACGCAUCCGUCGACAGAGGUUGAUCAGCCCUAGCCAUAAUGCGUCUCAGAUCUUUAUCAUAAGCGCUCAAGGGCGACCCAUGGCAGAAGACGAUGCACUCAGUGUUGUGAUCACUGCAGUUCAACCACAGCGCAGGCAAAGGAGAAGGCGCAGGAUUUGCACCACCGCACGAUGCCUUCUCGUUCUGCUGUCAGCGUUUACUAUACUGGCACUAGUGGCAGCAACGUUACCCUGGAUUUUGUUGGCAUAGCCCAGUGAUGUGGGUGUAUGGAUUACAAUGUGCCAAUAGGGGAUGAUACAUUGACAAUUUUAGUAAUAUUUUUAUCCAUGGAAUGAAGUAUAUGUUGCUAAGCAAUGAAGUGUGUGAAUAAAAAUGUGUGUAAUUUGU